AUGCAAUUCGCGAAAAAAUACUUUACAGACGGCCUGAUUCAGCUGACGAUUUUACUGAGUUUGAUUGGAGUUCGUGUGGACAUAGACAGCUACUUAAACGGAUAUUAUUCCCCGUUGAUUGAGAUUAGCUUGGGCCCCAGCUCGGCAUACACACAGACACCCUUCCACAGCUUGAGGGACACUUUAGACGGGUACAGCGUUCAUCCCAAAUGCCCAGAAUUGGACUAUUUCUUCGCCAGUCGUCGCCUGUUGGAUGAGGUUCGAUCGCUGGGCACGCCGCGGUUCCCUUCGCCCCAGCUGAACGCAUGGCUGGUGCAUGCUACCACUGACAAAGCUAAUAAGGAUGGUGGUACCGAGGAAGACAGCGAGGAUGGUCCAGAACACCUGCCUGACAGCGGGGAGGAGGACAGUCUGUCUGGAGCAGGGCCAUGUGACACUGGGGCCUGUGCUGUGCCUAAAGAAGUGGAUAAUUCCGAGGUGAAGAUAAAAGAGGAGGAUGAGCUGGUGCCACUCACUCAGCUGGUCCACAGUUCCACUCUGGAGCCGGAGAGUGUCCUGGGGGGAGAUGGGGCUCUGGCACAUCCCUCAGGCUUCACUGACCAGUCCUGGAGCCAGCUUCUGCACCUGUCGGUCAGCGACCUGGAGGACCUGGACUCUCUGGUCAGCGCCCCUCUCCCGGAGCUGGACACAGACUUGUGCAGUGCCCUCAGAGGGGACAUCAGCCUGCAGGAUGCAGCACAGCAGCAGAGGCACACUGAGCCCUCAUCCCCUGGCCAGCCUCUGGGCCUGGCCGCUCUACCCUUUGCCUCGGUGUGUAACUACACUGGCAGCUCGUCUCAGGGCCUCGGUGGAGCUCUUGAUGAGGCUGUGUUCGACCACAUAAACCAACUGGGACUGGAGGGGUUGGACUCCAUGGACCAGCAGCUGCUCAGCUGUUUGGACCCUCAGCUGCUGGAGGACUUUGAUUCUGACUCGGGUCUGUCCCUGGAGAGCAGCUCCGGGGGGCCCACCUCUCCAGGCUCCUCAGACAUGUCCUCCUCCUCCUCUCUGUGUGAGGAUGAGUGUGGGGCCACAGGCUACAGCAGCGAGGUGGACUCAAAGAGCCUGUUGGAGCACUCCUGGUCUCCUCUGGACGUGGAUCUAGACAUGAGUGAGAGUGUGUGGCAUGACCACAGCUACGCCUCCCACCUUCCCCUCACGUACCCACACAAAGGCAUCAAAGAGGAGGCUCUCAGUGACGAGGACGAUAGCGAGGAGCGAGACCUGAGCAGAGACGAGAUGCGAGCGCGUGCCAUGUGCCUGCCCUUCUCCGUGCUGCAGAUUGUCAACAUGCCUGUGGAGGAGUUCCUGGAGGUGCUGGACUCUCGAGGCCUCUCAGCAGAUCAGGUCACUCUGCUCAGAGACAUCCGCAGGCGAGGAAAGAACAAGCUGGCCGCUCAGAACUGCCGCAAGCGCAAACUGGACGCCAUCACAGAGCUGCAGGAGGAGGUGUCUCGCCUGCAGGCGCAGAGAGAGCGCCUGCUGCGGGACAAACGCCUCACAGCUAAAACCAUGUGUGCUGUGGGCCAGCAGAUCCAACAGCUCACCAGAGAUGUGCUGGCCAGGCUCAGAGACCCUCUGGGACAACCCCUGACCCCUGACAUGUACUCCCUCCAGUGUGGAGCCAAUGGCAGAGUGGUGCUGGUGCCCGCGCGCAGGCCCGCCGUGGCAGGGGCCUCAGGAAACAAAACAGACAAACGCAAGAAAGGCAAGAAGCAGUGA